ACACGGCAUCAGACACUCGGCAAAGGCGGUUCUCAGAUUUUGUUUGUCCAAAAUUUCGCUUGCAAAUCGGAACCAUGACGGAGUGCUCGCCCGUGUUUGCUGCCCUGCCCACGGAGGAGAGUGCUGUCCUGGACGUGGCCGAUACCCCUGGAAUGGAGGGAAGUGCCACUCGGAUAGUGCCUGUCAUCCCUGAGGAGGAGGACACUGCUGCCCAAAUUUGCAUCCAUUGUCCUCGAGAAUGAGGGGAGCAGUGCCCAACAAGAGUCCGUUGUCCUCAAGGAGGAUGGGAGUGCUGCCCAGCAAGAGUCCAUUGUUCUCGAGGAGGAUGGGAGUGCUGCUCAACAUGAGUGUGUUGUCCUCGAGGAGGAUGGGAGUGCUGCUCAACAUGAGUGUGUUGUCCUCGAGGAGGAUGGGAGUGCUGCUCAACAUGAGUGUGUUGUCCUCGAGGAGGAUGGGGGUGCUGCCCAACAAGAGUCCAUUGUCCAUGAGGAGAAUGCUGCCCUAUCCGUGCUCGAUACCCCAGAGAUGGUUCUCAAGGAGGGUGGGAAAGCACUCGACCUAACGAUCACUGCCUGCAAGGAGGAGGGAAGUACUUCCCUGCUCCUGAUCGAUUCCCAUGAUGUGGAAGAGAUGAAGGGGGGCGCUGCACAAACAGCGUCUAUUCCUAAGGGGAGGAGUGAUGUCCAACCAUCGUCCACAGGCCUCGAGAAGGAGGCGAGUGGUUCCCAACUAAAAGAACCCCCCGACGGUGGCUGGGGAUGGUGCGUUGUCAUUUCCGGAUUCAUCACGCUGUUUGUCCUAACAGGCAUAAGCUUAAGCCUCGCCACGCUACUGGGUGCCUACUUGGCAGAACUGGAGGCUCCGGCGGCGCUCGGAACAUGGAUCUUCAACGUGCAGAGUGCCGUGUGGUGCUUCGCAAGUCUAUGGGCGGAGCCUCUCAGCUUGAAGUUCUCACACCGCUUUGUAGCCCCAGUGGCGGCCUCCCUUUGCGCGUCUGCUAUUAUGAUAUCUGCUGCAGUAAAGAAUCCUUAUUUAUUCUUCCUCACGAUCUCUAUCAUGUAUGGCUCUGGAGGUGGAAUCUGUGUGUCAUGCUGCUUCCAGAUGAACAGGAGGUACUUCAGCAAACGCAUUGGCAUGGCUAACGGCUUGGUACUCUGUGGCGGGACGCUAGGGGUGGCCAUGAUGUCAACACUCGCGGGAACACUACAGUACCGGUUGGACUUCACCUACUCCACGCUCAUCAUGGGCAUACUACCUCUGAUCCCGGCUGGCACCUCCCUCAUAACCUUCCGAACGAUGAAACCAUACUGGGAGGCGACGCAGGACGACAGGAGAAAAUCCUUCUUCCGAGCGACGGCUUUUGGCGGCUCGCACUUCGUCGGCGCCACCUACAACUUCCCUGUUAGGCCAACCCCGUCCAUACUCUCAGAGGGCACAUCAUUCACCGUUCUGGACCAUUUCGUCUCCAAUUUCCGAAUCUCAGCGCUCAAGGAACCUUCCGUGAUCUCCAUUGCUGCCAUGACUGGUAUAACUCAAUUCGCCAUGAUCAACAUUUAUACGGUGACGAGCUACGCGCUGAAGCAGGCCAACGUUUCGGCCAAGAACCUCAUGGUCUUCCUGUGGGUGGCUGGGUCGACCGACCUGGUUUCUCGUCUCUGCUUGCUGUUUCAUCGCCGACCAUCCAGAGGCCAACAUUCCACAUCUUUACCUGUUUGGGCAGUUACUCUUCCUCGCCAUGGCUUUGUUGAUGACCUACCAGAGGGAGUCGUGGUCUGUCGUCAUGAUCUGUGCCGCCGGCUUUGGCAUCGGUUUAGGCAUCAUGUACGUCCUCGACCUGUUGCUCAUGAUUUUCAUCUUAGGAAACAAAAAGUUCCAGUCCGUGUUUGGAGUCAGCAUGGUGUUUCGCUCCUGUUGCUCCCUGGUGAUAGGACCCAUUGGAGGUAUGAUUCGAGAAAUGUCUGAGAAUUACACCCCGACAUUCCUGUUCUACUGCGGCAUCUUGGUCUUCGCUCUCAGCAUCCCGCUUGUGUCUAAAAUUUGCCGGAGCAUUAUAAUAUGCAGAAAAGAACAGCCCUCAGAAGAGGACGGGACUCAGUAGCAAGAUUACUUUGUUAGCGCUCAAGCAUUUAUACAUACAUACAUGCAUACACAAGCACAAAUGCGCACACAUGCAUACGCACACGCACGCACACACUCACACAGACAUACACACAAACACAUUCAUUAGACACACGUGAAAUAUUUUACCAAGGAGACCGAUCGGGCAUCUCACCGUGCGUGAGCAUUGCAGUGUGAACAAGGCAGCGCAACAGAAUUUUCAGCUUAUCGCUAGUCCGGUGUAACCGUAUAAUCUUCCCAGUGCUGUCCGCGGCACAUGCCUGGUCUGUUUAUGUAGUUGACAGUGAAAAACCCACAGUGUUUAAGUUUAAAAUCAUAGCCUGUAAUGCAUUACAAGGAGGCGAAUCAUAUUAUUGCAACUUAUUUAAUAUUCUCACUUGGAUUUUGAUGUCGGGUUCAGAUUUCAUAUUCUCGCACGUUACCUGUCUUAUCCCUAACCACAAUAGGUAUUCUUAUUCGGGACACGUACGAUCAGCUGUGUGAGAUAUACAUACCUUUUACCUUUCCAUUUUCUCAACACUUGCGCACCGAAAUUAUUUGUACCAGAGAUUGCCGGCUUAGUAAACUCAUUUCACAGCGGGCACAGAUUCACCAGAAACUUUUAAUUGAUCUCUGAUAUGGCUUUAGUAUAAACCCAGUAGGUAUGAGGUUGAUAUUGAUACUAAAUUUGCUGAGUUGAUCAACCUCCAUUAUUUUGAAAUUUAACGUUAUUUUUUAUUUGAAUAUUUGUCAGUCAAACUCGAGUAAGAACUUGAAUGUGACAGGAAGCGAACUAUUCAUAUGAAUUGUCACUGAGAAUAUCUGACUGCUGCAUGUGUGAAUUUGUAUUUUCCUUCUUUUAACAAGAAACUGUUUUUGCGUAAUAGUUCACAAACUGAAUGAGGGGAAAUGUUCACAGAGGAUGAUUCCUUAGAGUAUGAUUUAUUUCAGUUAUGUCAUUAUUCCCUCUUAACAAAUAAAGAUUUUGGGAUAU